UUGUACCUUUUGAGAAACCGGAGAGCCCAUCUUUGAGGAAUACCAGAGACGCAUGAAUUGACCAUGUAAACGUCAACUAUUUCAUGAGCAUCUAAACAUUAUAGUUUAUAAAAAGGUUGGUAGCGGUCACGUCUUUGCUAUUUUCGUGUCUAUAUAGAGCUUCUCGCUGUCUGCAGAGAAAGAUUUGGUUGGUUUUUGUUUGUUUUCAUCUGAUUCAGCUCUAAUCGCACCUGAAUGUUCACAACAUACGCUAGUUUCACUUUGUCUUUUUAAGUCAUCUCACGAGAAUCAUAUCUACUUAUCGUACACAAAGUUCAUGGCAGAGGAGAAACCAAGUAAGAGCCUGACCAGCAGUAGCAGCAGAGGUUCAUUCAAGAACAAGAAUCCGUUUAGCCGUGUGAAGGACGAAGAGGACAACAAAAACAAGACAGGAUUGUCGAUGAGGAAGUCAUGGUCCACGGACUCGCUUGGUCUGCUCAGCAACAGCAACCGGUUGGGGAAGACGAUCUGUAUCUGUGCCCCUACAAAGCAUGAAGGCUCAUUCCGUUGCAGGCUUCACCGUUCAUCAGCCGCAAGCCAUGGUGCAGCUGUAAUGCAACUUUAUCUCCCAAAGCCCUUGCUUUCUUCUCGACGUCUUGAUGACCAAUAAUGUCGGUCUCUUGCUUUGUUCACAAAACCAAUAAUGUCACAUAGUCUCUUGGGUUCCUGAUUUUGUUGAAGAUUGCUUUUUCUUUCCAUUGUGAUGUAUCCGUCUGCUAUUCAUGUGUUCAUAUAAUGUAUGUUUUGUGUAAA